CCGGCCGGAGGAGGGAGAUCCGAGCGGCGGCGGCGGCGGCGGCGUGAGGCGGCUCAGAAGGAAGGUAGCAAUGGAAGACCUGGGGGAAAACACCACUGUUCUGUCCUCCCUGAGAUCGUUGAACAACUUCAUUUCUCAGCGAGUGGAGGGUGGGCCUGGACUGGAUGUCUGCACCUCUGUGCCAGGCUCUCUGCAGAUGCAGUACCAGCAGAGCAUGCAGCUGGAGGAGCGAGCCGAGCAGAUCCGCUCCCAGUCUCACCUCAUCCAGGUGGAGCGGGAGAAGAUGCAGAUGGAGCUGAGCCACAAGCGGGCCCGUGUGGAGCUGGAGCGCGCGGCCACCACCAGUGCCCGGAACUACGAGCGCGAGGUUGACCGCAACCAGGAGCUACUGACACGUAUCCGGCAACUGCAAGAGCACGAGGCUGAGGCAGCGGAGAAGAUGAAGGAGCAGCUGGAGCGCAACCGGGCAUGCCGGCAGAACUUGGAUGCUGCCAACAAGAAACUGCGGGAGAAGGAGGACAGCCUGGCCGAGGCCAGCGAGACCAUUAGCACGUUGAAGGGCAGGAUCUCAGAGCUGCAGUGGAGCACGAUGAACCAGGAGAUGCAGGUGAAGGGCCUGGAGUCUGAGAAGCAGGAGCUGAAGGAGCAGCUGGAUGCACAGCACAGAAAAUGGCAGGAGGCGAAUCAGAAGAUCCAGGAUCUGCAGGCCAGCCAGGAAGUGAGAGUGGAUCAUGAGCAGAAGAUCAAGGACUUGGAGCAGAAGCUAUGCCUUCAGGAGCAGGAUGCUGCUGUGGUGAAGAACAUGAAGUCAGAGCUGGUGCGGCUCCCCAAAGUGGAGCGGGAGCUGAGGCAGCUGCGGGAGGAGAAUGUUCGCCUGCGGGAGGUGAGAGAGACCCACGGGCUGCUCCAGGAGGAGGUGGAAGGGCUGCAGAGGCGGCUGGGGCGGCAGGAGAAGCUGCAGGAGGAGCUGGUCGGCCUGGAGCUGGAGAAGGAGAGGCUGCUGGGGAAGCUGCAGAGCUGGGAGAGGCUGGACCAGACCACAGGCUUGCACAUCAGGACCCCAGAGGACCUCUCCAGGUUUAUUGUGGAAUUGCAGCAGAGAGAGCUUACCCUGAAGGAGAAGAACAGCUCCAUCACCAGCAGUGCCCGCGGGCUGGAGAAGGCACGACAGCAGCUUCAGGACGAGGUCCGCCAGGUGGGCAGCCAGUUGCUGGAGGAGCGCAAGCGGCGUGAGACAAGCGAGGCCCUGGCUCGGAGGCUGCAGAAGCGUGUGCUGCUGCUGACCAAGGAGCGAGACGGCAUGCGGGCCAUCCUGGGUUCCUAUGACAGUGAGCUGACCCCAGCGGAGUACUCACCGCAGCUGACACGCCGCAUCCGCGAGGCUGAAGACAUGGUGCAGAAGGUACACGCCCACAGCUCCGAGAUCGAGGCUCAGCUGUCGCAGGCCCUAGAAGAGCUGGGAGACCAGAAGCAGAGAGCGGACACGCUGGAGAUGGAGCUGAAGCUCUUGAAGUCCCAGGCAGACCCUGCUGACCAGAGCUUCUUGUUCUCCAGGGAGGAAGUAGACACGCUCAGAUUAAAGAUCGAGGAGCUGGAGGGAGAGCGGAGACGUCUGGAGGAAGAAAAGAAGAUGCUCGAGAUGCAGCUGGAGAAGCUCACCCUGCAGGUGGGCUUCGUCCAGGCUGGGAAGGGAAGAAAUGGGAACAUAGACACCAGCAGCUUCAGAGCGUCAUCAUCUCAGCCAGCAGCCUCAAUAGAAAAAGAAGGCUUCCCUUCCCCAGCGUCUGAAUAUAAAACCUCAGGGAAGAGCUGUGAUUGGCCCAGCUUGGGUCCUAAAUCCACCCGUUAAGCAGAUCCCUGUGGUCAGGCAGAAGGGGAGUCAGUGCUGGGCUAGGCCAAGUCCUGUGUCCGUUCAUGUGACCCUGUGUGACAGAGUAGAAUUGCUCCGUUGGGUUUCCUAGGCUGCGAUCUUGACAGGAGCAGAUCACCAGGUCUUUCUCCUGUGGAGCCACUGGGUGCUUAACUCCUGUACCACCAGGGCUCCUCCAAGGAACCCUAGUUCCUUUUCUUGGAGAAUGGUGUUUAGAAACCGAGAUGUGCUGCUAGAAUUUCUCGUUGUUGUUGGGGUAUUGUUGCUUCUAGGCCCCGUCAGCUAAAAGAUUAGUUGUAUGUAGAUUAGCCCGUGUAUGUGCACAUAUCCCUAAAUAUUUCCGUGUGUAACAAUCUUUAUCUGUAUUGAACUAAGUAACUUCACACUGAUGUCUCCAACUCUGACCAUUACCACAUGGGCCCUUCUAUCUCCUCCCUUUAUCUGUACCCUUUCACACUGACUUUGAGUACCAGCCCAGAGGAGCCUAAGGACACUUGAUGAGUAAGUGUGACAUGGGAUCCAGAUGGAUCCUGGGCCAGAAAAGGGGCCUUAGGUAAAAACUAAAGAAACCUGAAGAAAGCAUGGACCCUGGAUAAUAAUAACAGAUCAAUAUUGGCUCAUUAUUGUAACAGAUGUGCCAAACCCAUUGCUGUUGAGUUGAUUCCGACUCAUAGCGACCCUAUAGGACAGAGUAGAACUGCCCCAUAGAGUUUCCAAGGAGCGCCUAGUGGAUUCAAACUGUUGACCUUUUGGUUAGCAGCUGUAGCACUUAACCACUAGGCCACCAGGGUGUCCGUGUAAAAUGCUAACAGAGGGAAACUGGGUGCAGGGUAUAUGGGAACCCUCUGCACUGCCUUCACAAUAUUUCUGUAAACCUAAAGCCAUUCUAAAAAUGAAGGUCAUUGUUAUUUUUAAAGUCCACAGGCCUCUCUGAAAACCUUUCAGACCGAGGGUCGAUGUGGCAUCCCAGGGACCAUAGCCCAUAGCAGCAGGGUCCAGAACCUGAGAAUAUUGCCAGCAGAGUGUUUAAAAGUGUAGUGCAUUUUAAAGAGGCUUCCACCACAGUUUGGUUUUACAGCUGGUAUUUAAGAAGACAAAGAGAAGGGGCCUCGUGGGUAUUGAGUUCAUCAGUGGUGCAGGCCAGGUGUUCGUGGGGCCUUUCCUUCUUUUUUUUAAUGCUCUUUUUGUUGAAAGUAUACAUAGCAAAACAGGUUCCCAUUCAACAAUUUCUACACCUAACGUUCAAUGCUAUUGGUUACAUUCUUCGGUUUAUAUUAUCGUUCUCAUUAUUUCUAGUUGUUCUGUUUCCGUGAACUUAGUCUCACUACCCCCCAGCCUUCUCAUCCAUGCUUUAGAGUAAGUAACUGUGGUCUGUUUGGUCUGUAUGGGUAAUUUUUUAAAGGAGUGCAGUACUGCAGCGUGACAUCCUUUACUUUUUGAAGUAUCUCAGGGCAAUAGUCUUGGGAAGCCCUCUAGUCUCAAUGGGUCCAGUAAGUCUGGCUUCUUUAGUGGGAUCUCCUCUUUGUCUCCCCUCCCCCGUUUAUUCCUCACAACAGCUCUGCCAGGUAAGUGGCAGCAGCUUUGCCCACAAUUGAUGAGGAGCCCAGAGCCCCCAGGGUUGAGUCACACCUGUCAGGAGGUGACCCUAAGGCCCACACCCACCACCAGAACCUGGUGCUGAACCUGUCCCCACUGCCAGCAGAUCCUGCACAAGCAGGG